AUGAAUGCAUUGGACAUCGUUGUCGAAACUCGAGCCCUCAACUUCGCGAAAAACACCGAUGAGGCUCGCGUAACCAGGCAAAACAGAAUGAGCCAGAACGAGACAAAAGCUGCCCGUACUGCCCGGAAACAGCAGCUAUUGGAAGAUAAUCAGCUUUUCGAGGAAGCCGAAGGGCUAUUGUACCUCGAAUCGCUGAUUGAUCGAAUUAGUACUGUGUCGAAUGAAUUUCCGAUUGAUGAUUCUGGUCUUGUUGUUGAGAGGAUAAACAUUUCUGCGAAAGAUUUUGGAGAUGCGGUUCCUUUAGGCACUUUAAAUGAAAAAUGGUUCCUGAAUUUGAGUGGCAUUCACAUUCCUGAGGAAGUUAGAUACUUCCUGUUACAAUUGGAAGAAGGCUUUGGACUUCCCAUUGACAGAAAUAAUUUGCAGCAUACGUUUAUAGAAUUCAUAAAAAGCAUUGAAAGUAACAUUAUCAAUCGUCCUAAUAAUGUAAUUAAUGUAAUAAGAAAUAAUACAAUGCCAAUUCUUGAGAAAUUUCAUAAUGACUUUCCAAAAAGUGACUCCAACACCAAGUUAUUAUCUAGUUGGACAAUAUCUACAAAAAAAUUUAUUAAAGAGCAUCCAGAAUUGUUAUUUUCAAAGGCUGAUAAGGGAAAUGUGACUGUUGCUCUUAACAGGGACGAUUAUGUCAAUAAAAUGGAAUUGAUGCUUUCGGAUGAAAAUACUUAUGAGAUAAUUAGUAAAGAUCCUACUCGUAAAAUUAUUAAUGAUUCACGUAAUAUUUUAGUCAGAUGGAAAAACAAAGGUUUUAUAGAUAACAUUACUUAUAAGAAUUUACUUAGCACUGACGGCAGUAUUUCGAGAGCUUACGGGUUGACCAAGAUUCACAAAACUAAUUAUCCUCUGAGAAUUAUAGUCUCAUCCGUUAAUAGUCCGUUAUAUAAUUUAUCAUUAUACUUACACAAAAUUAUCAAUAAUUCUAUACAAAAAUCUCCAAGUUAUAUUAGGAAUAGUGUUGAUUUAAUUGAUAAAUUAAAAAAUAUUAAGCUUGAAUCUAAUUCGAUUUUGGUUUCACUGGAUGUUGUUUCCUUGUUCACUAAUAUACCUAUGGAUUUGGCAACUAAUAGUGUUGUUAGGAGAUGGGAGUUUAUAUCCAGUGAGACAAAAAUUACAUUGGAGGAAUUUAUGAUAGCUUUUCGAUUGGUACUGAACUCGACAGUGUUUAUUUUUAACGGUAAAUAUUACAAACAAAUUUUUGGAACUCCUAUGGGAUCUCCAUUAUCACCUAUUGUUGCAGACAUGGUUAUGCAAGAUUUAGAGGAAACUGCACUUAGAUUAUUGCCGGUUAGGUUAUCUUUUUAUUACCAUUACGUGGAUGAUGUUAUUUUGGCGGCCCCAUCUGAGAGCAUCAAUGACAUAUUGUAUGUUUUUAACUCAUUGCAUACAAGAUUACAGUUCACUAUGGAAGUUGGCAUUGAUGGAAAAAUAAGUUUUUUAGACACUUUGAUUAUUGUCGAGGAUU